AUGAUGAACAACUUGAUGUUAUCGUUGCCAAUUCGAAAUCUAAUACAAUUGACAUUUUUAAUUCUUGGUUAUGGAAAUGGUGAUUUGACAUUUGAAAGAAGUUAUUCAACAGGAAUUGAUUCUGGACCAUCGUCUGUGGCUGUUGGAGAUUUAAAUAAUGAUAAAUAUUUAGAUCUUGUCGUUGCGAACAAUGGAACGAAUAACAUUGCGAUUUUCUAUGGGUCUGGUGACGGAAGUUUUUCAUCGAAACAAAUUUAUUCAACUGGAAGAAAUUCUCAACCGAAUUCCGUCGUGAUUGGAGAUUUGAAUAAUGAUAAUCAAUUAGAUAUUGUUGUUUCUAAUUGUAAAAAUGACAAUAUCGGUGUUUUUCUCGGGUAUGGGAAUGAAAGUUUUGCUUCUCAAAAGAUUUACUCGACUGGAAUUAGUUCUCGUCCACAAAUGUUGUUCAUUGAGGAUCUCAAUGAUGACACUUAUCUCGAUGUUGCAGUUAUCAGUACAUAUUCACUUAGUUUGACUAUUUUUCUCAACAAUGGCAAUGGAACAUUGUCACAACGAAUUGAUCAUGAUAUACGAACCGGUCUUUCUCCUAAUAGUUUAGCCAUUGGUGAUUUAAACAAAGAUGGUCAUCAGGAUCUUGUUGUUACUACUUAUUAUGGUCGUAAUUUUUAUAUUUUCCAGGGAUUUGGUAAUGGAACAUUUGAAAAUGUGGCAACUUAUUCAACUGGUAGUGGUUCUCGACCAUAUUCAUGUGUGAUAACAGAUUGGAGUCAUGAUAAUAAUCUCGAUAUUAUAGUUAGUAAUUGUGUUACUGACAAUUUAGUAUUGUUUAAAGGAUAUGGUAAUGGAACAUUUUCUUUGAAUCAAAUUUCAUCAACAGGUGACAAUUCAUGUCCAAGAGCAAUUCGAUUUGGAUAUUUUUACUACGAUGAUCUCAUUGAUAUCGCUGUUGCCAAUUAUGGUACUAAUACUCUCGGUGUUUUCUUCAACAAUAUUUACACAAGUGGUGAACGUCAAACAACAUAUUCAACUGGAUCUUCAUCUCAUCCACGAGGCAUUGUUCUUGCUCAUUUCAAUAAUGAUUUCCCAUGUGAAUUUUUUUUGAGUGUAAACGCGUUUAAAACGCGUUUGGGAUGCGUUUCAAACGCAAGGCACAAACGCACCAAACGCGAUGGAAAUGAAACAUUUGAUGCAUCUAGAUGCGUUAAUCAAACGCAUCCAGACGCGUCUUUCAGAUGNACAGGAUUCGAACCCGUCUCGCGCCACUGUACGCUCAUUAGACACUCGUGCUAUAUGCGAUUCAUUCUCUUUCCUUUUCUUUCGUUCAUCGUUCAUGAAAUCUAUUGA